GUCUACCCCAUUGGCCCUCGCGACGGCUUUCAAAACGUACAUCCUGCGAUUCCUACCACUGCCAAAUUGGAACUGAUCCGAAGACUUCAUGAAGCCGGAUUACAGGCCAUCGAAAUUACAACUGUCGUCCGCCCAGAAGUCGUUCCACAGCUCGCCGAUUGCGAGACCAUCCUGGCCGAUCCGCACAUUCAACGACUGCUGUCGUCUUCGAGUCUUUGCCUUCGCACCCCCGUGCUUGUUCCAAAUCUCAAAGGUUUAAAUAUCGCUCUGCAGCACAAUGUUCGGGAAGUUGCUGUCUUU